CAGAGGGCCAGCAGGGAAUUACUGCCGGGUAGGAGUUCGCUGAGGGGCGUCCUAGUGUUGGAGUAGGAGGCCAUGCUCCAAGGCAAUCUUUCCCUAGGCGGCAACUCUGAGGUACCAAAGUGCGUCGGGGUUAUGCGCGAAGUAGUGAUGGGGUGACCAUCUCCCGAUUCCCGCGGGGACCCACGGGCGGGGCAGGGUCUGAACCCCCUUCGCCUACUGCUCACGCGGGCCGCAGGCGUACACGUGGUGACCUGCCUGGGGCAGGGUUCCAGGCUCCGGCUCCUCCUCCCUCCAGCUCUCGCUCGGCUUUCUGCAGUAUCACGUGCAGCCGCGCCGAGUGCAGGAUGGCGGCGGCCGCAGCAGCGGUGGGUUUCAGGCUCCGAGACUGCUGCAGCCAGGGCGCUGUACUCCUGCUCUUCUUCUCCCUGUCCCCUCGGCCCCCGGCCGCCGCCGCCUGGCUGCUGGGCCUGCGGCCCGAGGACACCGCUGGAGGCCGCGUGUCCCUGGAGGGGGGCACCCUGCGCGCCGCUGAAGGCACAAGCUUCCUUCUGCGCGUCUAUUUCCAGCCAGGGCCCGCGGCGCCUGUGGCGCCGGUGCCCGCACCCACCCUUUCCCCGGGGGAGAACGGCACCGGUGACUGGGCACCGCGGCUGGUGUUUAUCGAGGAGCCCCCGGGCGGGAGCGGCGUGGCCCCCAGCGCUGUCCCCACGCGCCCCCCGGGGCCGCAGCGCUGCCGCGAGCAGAGCGACUGGGCGUCGGACGUGGAGGUCCUGGGGCCCCUGCGCCCCGGUGGCGUGGCGGGCUCGGCUCUAGUCCAGGUGCGGGUGCGGGAGCUGCGCAAGGGCGAGGCAGAGCGUAGCGGCGCGGGCGGUGGCGGGAAGCUCUUCUCGCUGUGCGCCUGGGACGGGCGCGCUUGGCACCACCACGGCGCUGCCGGUGGCUUCCUGCUGCGCGUCCGCCCGCGGCUGUAUGGCCCGGGCGGGGACCUUCUGCCCCCCGCGUGGCUGCGGGCGCUCGGAGCUCUCCUGCUGCUCGCCCUGUCUGCCCUGUUCAGCGGCCUGCGCUUGAGCCUGCUCUCGCUGGACCCGGUGGAGUUACGGGUGCUGCGGAACAGCGGCUCAGCCGCCGAGCAGGAACAGGCGCGCCGAGUGCAGGCCGUGCGCGGCAGGGGGACCCAUCUGCUCUGCACCCUGCUCCUGGGCCAAGCCGGAGCCAACGCGGCCCUGGCGGGCUGGCUGUACGCCUCGCUGCCCCCGGGCGUCGGGGACGCCGGGGAAGAUUAUGGAGACGCGGGGAUUCACUUCCCGUGGCUGCCGGCGCUGGUGUGCACAGGCGCUGUGUUCCUGGGCGCCGAGAUUUGCCCCUACUCUGUGUGUUCGCGGCACGGACUGGCCAUUGCCUCGCAUAGCGUGUGCCUGACCCGGCUCCUGAUGGCGGCCGCCUUCCCCGUGUGCUACCCGCUGGGCCGCCUGCUGGACUGGGCACUGCGCCAAGAGAUCAGCACCUUCUACACGCGGGAGAAGCUGCUGGAGACGCUGAGGGCCGCGGACCCUUACAGCGACCUGGUAAAGGAAGAACUCAACAUCAUUCAAGGCGCCCUGGAGCUGCGCACCAAGGUGGUAGAGGAGGUGCUGACCCCCCUUGGGGACUGCUUCAUGCUGCGUUCCGACGCAGUGCUGGAUUUCGCCACUGUCUCUGAGAUCCUGCGCAGCGGUUACACUCGCAUCCCCGUGUACGAAGGUGACCAGCGGCACAACAUUGUGGACAUUCUGUUUGUCAAGGACUUGGCCUUCGUGGACCCCGACGACUGCACGCCGCUCCUCACCGUCACCCGCUUCUACAACCGGCCCCUGCACUGCGUCUUCAAUGAUACCCGGCUGGACACGGUGCUGGAGGAGUUUAAGAAGGGAAAAUCUCACCUGGCCAUUGUGCAGCGGGUGAAUAAUGAGGGAGAAGGGGACCCCUUCUACGAGGUGAUGGGCAUUGUCACACUGGAGGAUAUCAUAGAGGAGAUCAUCAAGUCGGAGAUCCUGGAUGAAACGGACCUCUACACUGACAAUCGGAAAAAGCAGAGGGUCCCGCACCGGGAGAGGAAGCGGCACGACUUCUCCUUAUUUAAGCUUUCCGACUCGGAGAUGAGGGUGAAGAUCUCUCCGCAGCUUCUGCUGGCCACGCACCGCUUCAUGGCGACAGAAGUGGAGCCCUUUAAGUCUCUGUACCUCUCGGAGAAGAUCCUGCUCCGGCUCCUAAAACAUCCUAACGUGAUCCAGGAGCUGAAGUUUGAUGAGAAGAACAAGAAGGCCCCAGAACACUACCUCUACCAGCGCAACCGCCCCGUGGACUACUUUGUGCUGCUUCUGCAGGGUAAAGUGGAGGUGGAGGUUGGUAAGGAAGGCCUUCGCUUCGAGAACGGAGCCUUCACCUACUAUGGUGUCCCAGCCAUCAUGACCACUGCCUGCUCAGAUAACGAUGUGCGGAAGGUCGGAAGUCUGGCUGGAUCCUCUGCCUUUCUCAACCGAUCCCCUUCGCGCUGCAGUGGGUUGAACCGCUCUGAGUCUCCCAACCGCGAGCGCAGUGACUUUGGGGGGAGCAACACCCAGCUGUGCAGCAGCAGCAACAACCUCUACACGCCUGACUACUCCGUCCACAUCCUCAGCGAUGUGCAGUUCGUGAAGGUCACACGGCAGCAGUAUCAGAACGCACUCACCGCCUGCCACAUGGACAGCUCACCCCAGUCCCCGGACAUGGAAGCCUUCACUGACGGAGACUCCACCAAGGCCCCCACGACCCGGGGCACACCCCAGACUCCCAAGGAAGACCCUGCCACCACCCUCCUGAGCAACAGGAACAUCCUGCCGUGCAGCCACUCCGAUGGGCUGAGAAGCCCCGGCGAGGUCGUGUACCUGAGGAUGGAGGAGACGGCCUUCGCCCAGGAGGAGAUGACGGACUUGGAGGAGCCGAGCACACAGCAGCUCUCACUGUCUCCUGCAGCCGUUCCCGUGAGAGCAGGGUCAGAUAGUGAAUGUUGCCACAUCAACCUGGACACAGAGACCAGCCCCUGCAGCAGCGACUUUGAGGAAACCAUGGGCAAGAAGUUGCUGAGAACUUUGAGUGGUCGAAAAAGGAAGAGGUCACCAGAUGGAGAAAGAACUUCUGAGGAGAACUCCAACUUAACGCCUCUCAUCACAUGACGGGCAGUGUUCGCUGGGUGCGUGAGAUUGCAGAGCUUUGGGGAGAACCUGUCCUCCCGUUGUGUUCCUCCCCAAGGCCUCACAGGUGACAGAGUGUUCUGCUUUCCUUACCACCUCUUCACCCCUAGCUGUCAGUUUGGCAGAUUUUCCUUUGUUGCCUCCAGUAUGACUCAGAGCCUUGCUGUGGCCAUAACAGAAGGAAGUGCCUCCAGUGGAACAUGCUAGAAAUGGUCUUGUUCACAGCACAGUCUGGCAUUGGAGAAGAAAUGACCCAGGCUGACAAGGUCACUCUAGGACCCCUGAUGCCCUUUUUAAUUCUUUGGUGUCCCCUGGCGCCAUAUUUCAUGCUUAGCUUAGGUCAAAAGGUGCCACCGGCAGACGGUUACUAGGAUCUGGAGCAGCAGAUAAGGAGGUUAAUUCAGGAGAUGCACUAAGAAUUCUUCCAGAACAUUAGAGCAGUGGGACUCGAUCAUGUUGGCAUGUGAAGUUACAGUACAGAAAACUGUUGGUGACCAGUUUCCUGUUAGUUGAGGGUUUCGGCAGCUUAGGAGCUUUGUCUCAGCUGGAGUGGAAAGAAUCCGAGAUAGAACCUCAAGUCACUGUAUUUCCCAGGGACACAUCUGUUUUGGCUCCUGAUCUGUAGUCAUCAAUUCAUCAGUAAAUCUGCUCUGGAAGAGGAGGAUCAGGAAGCAGAGAAACCCAUUUGGGAGCCAGAGAUGGAACUUCAGGUAUUAAGUUUUUAAAAAAUUAGGUGGAAACAUUUUUAGCCAUGACAAACCAAAGAGUGCCCAAGUCGGCCGAGAAGGAUGCAAGCUCUCAUGGGACUUCAAUGUGCAUUACACAGGAACAUUGAAGAAUCACUCUUCUUUUUUCAUCCAUUCGCUCACCCCGACUUCUUACUACACUCCAGCAAGUCAGUUGAGUGUAAUUUAUUCCAAGAACAUAGGAGAGCCUCUGGAUUUUCACCUGAUGUUGGGGGCAGAUGCAAUCCCAAGCAUAACCACCAGAUGGCAGGAUGACUGAAAAUAGCUAAAACUUGUUCUGAUGGGGAACCACACAGCCAGGUUCUUAGGAAAAAAAUGUGGAAGUAAGUGAAGGGUGUCUUCCGGACACCUGCUUCCCUUUCUGAUGUAUGUCCCUCCUCUUGGAUUCCCUGGGUCAGGGAUCCAGUGAUUCAGUGCUUUCUGCUGAAUCUCCAAGCCAUUCCCUAACUUUUCUCUGGGGUAUACCAUUCAGGCUUCGCUUCCUUUCCUCCAAAACCAUGACUUCCAUAUCCCCACCCCCAUUCAAUCAAUAAUCACAUGGGGAGUAGGGAAGCUGAUAAUUCCUCUGGGUUAUUUGCAUCUCAAAAGAAAAUGCUUACCCACAGGAACCUUUAACUCAGGGGUUCUUAACUUGGGGUCCAUCACUCCAGAGGGUCCAUUGUUGGACUUCAGAGGGUCUGUGAAACCCCUGUUAGAAUUUAGUGUCUGUGUUCUUAUGUGUGUUUCCCAGGGGGCUAAAGCUUUCAUGUGAUUCUCAGAGGUCUCAGACCCACAUGAUGUUAAAACCCACUAUUUUAACUAGUGGAACUUUCAGCCCAAAGUUUCUGCAAUGCAGAGUGAAGUGAAUACCAGGUAGUCAAAAGAUGGAUUUUUAGUUAUAAAGUGGUCUUCUCAAGUGUCCAUCAAAUCGAUGGGGAAAGCUGACAGCCACCAAGUGGAAGUUGUCAGAAAUUCUUGGCACACCCUAGGGUAUUGUACAGCCUAUACCCCCACGUAAUUCGGUCCCCCUCUUCCACACCAAACCAGAGCAGGUGUUGCAGACAGGAGGGGCACUGCCUAUGGAAGUGGACUUUCUAGCUGGAGAUGCCUUUUUCAGCAAUGUAUUACUGACUUCACAUCCCUUGCCUGGCUCUGCCUGAGGCUCAGCAAGCAGUGCAUGACUUCUUGUACAUAAUUCACGGCUACCAACCUCUCCCAACACCUACUCUUACCUGUUAGAAAUAGGCAAAGUGUCAGCUCUCAGUGCUAGGUGCCUCAGACCCAAACCAGUGAAUGGUGAGUUUCAAGCAAGGACUGCCAUCAUGCAGUCUUUUUACCCAGCUGGCCACUGGCCCAAGGGGGCUCACCCGCCUAGUCUUCCUUUCAUUACCGCUUAGGCCACUGCUGUUGUAUUACAUUCCUCCCUUUGCAAAAUCCCUAAGGAGCCUGUCACCACUCCCCUCCCUACUGUCCGCCCCAAACCAAGAUUUUCUUCAGGUUAAAAAAAAAAAAAAAAAAAGUAAAAGGAUUUUAAAAUA